AUCACACGGCUUCAAUCAAAAUCCAUCGCAAUGGCAAAGGGGAUCUCGGUCCUCAAAUUCGUGGGCACCGUGUCCCUCGGCCUGCUGACGGGCGUCUCAUACACCGUCUCGACACUCACCCUGCCAACCCUCCUCGCCCUCCCCUCCUCCUCCUCCGCCGCCCACGGCCUCGCCUCGCUGCAGUCCUCCCUGCGCCUCCCCGUCCUCGCGCUCUCCUCCCUGGCCGCCGCCCCGCUCUUCCUCUCCUUCGUCUUCUCCCCGCGCUACGCUCGCCACCCGUACCUCUUCUACACCUCUCUCCUCGCCGCGCUGUCCGUCGCCGUCCCGGCAUACCUCCCCCAGCCGGCCUCCCCGGCUUCUUCGAGGCCUGCCGGCGCCCGCAAGGCUGCGUCGUCCAGGGCCCGCAUGGAGGCUAGCUACGAGGUCCUUGGCGAUUCGCACAGCGAGGGCGACUUGCCCAGCGAGUCAGAACUGGAGGAUGCCAAUGGCGAGGAGGUCAGGGCCAGCGUUGAGGGUGCUGCGAGGGCUUAUCUCGUCAGGACCGGCUUCGCUGCCGCCGCGUUUGUGCUGUCCGUCGUUGGCCUCUGGGGCGAUGGUGCUCCUCGGACUAUCCGCUACUACUGAGCCUUGAGCUGGCUGGUGUAACUUGUAAGAUGUGCGUCGGUUGCAGGUUCGAUCAUUGGGGCUUCGCCAGUCGCUGGAUUGGAAAUGUGUAACAUGUUGGAAAGUUGGUAUAUGCCUGGGAGAGCGAGGCAGUUUGUUGUCACCACACUCUCUUAUCCUUAUUAUUGUGUCAUGCCGAAAUAAAAAAACAAGAACGAAAUCACCCUGUUCAAAUAUUUUCACUAUUUUGC